AUGCAAUCCCGUACUCCUUGUAUAACUCUCAUCGUUGCCGCGACGCUCAGCAAUGGCAUUGGAAUGACCGGAAAGCUGCCUUGGCGACUUUCAAAGGAGAUGGCCUACUUUGCGAACAUUACCUCUGCGGUACCAACUCAAGCGUCGGAUGAGGAUCGAGUCCGGAACACGGUGAUCAUGGGGCGCAAGACUUGGGAGAGUAUCCCGCCCAAAUUUCGCCCAUUGAAGAAUAGGAUAAACGUAGUCGUCUCGCGGAGUUACUCAUCGCUUCAAGAGCAGGACGGCUUCGUCCAAGCACACGAUAUAGAGGACGCCUGUGCCUACCCUACAAGAGGCCAACCGAAAGUACAUCGUCGAUUCCUCAUUGGAGGCGCCCAACUCUAUCAACACGCUCUCACAAAUCCCUCUACCAAUUACUUGCUCGAUCGAAUCCUGCUCACUCGUAUUGUCGAGCCCUCGUUUGAAGAAUGCGACGUCCACCUUUCGGAAUUUCGUUCAGAAGCCCAAGUCGAAGCGGAGCGCACUUCUACCCAAUCUUCAUUGUCGGAAACGGACGCUGACGCGGAGUGGCGUAAAGCACCGCAUGAAGAGUUGGUCGAAUGGGCAGGAUUCGACGUCCCAGAAGGCGUGCAAGAAGAAAAGGGGAUAAAGUAUGUCUUUCAAAUGUGGGUACGGAAACAGAGACCUCUAGAAACAUGA